UGCACCUACUCUUUCCCGCGCCUUUGGUCUUGACACGACCAGAACGAGGACAAAAGCCAGCACCAGGAACAAGGACCAGGACUAGAACCAGGCCUAGAACCAGGAACAAGGGCCAGGACUAGAACCAGGAACAAGGGCCAGGACUUGAAGCUGAAGUCUUUCCGCCCGGACAUGCCCUCCACUUCCGCAUUGCCCGGGCGUCCAUGAUUGGAACAGGAAGCCAAGAACCGGUUAGUCCGGCCGACCAGGAGUUCGCCGCCAGCGGGACCAGGACGAUGCUCGCCGGCGUCAGAGAGGCGGCAUGGAGAGCUGCUGCCGCUGCUGCCUGCCCUGCUUGCGGCGCCUGUGGGACCGCGUCUGGCCGGACGUGCGCUACCCCGACCACGUGAUCAUCAACCGGGCCGCGCACGGCGCCGACAUCCGGACGGUGUCGGCCGACGUCCGCGUGCCGGUGCCGGUGCCGACGCCCAAGAGUAGGCCGGUGCAGCUGUACGCCGCGCUCUUCGACUUUGAGGCCCGCAGCGACGACGAGCUGACGGUGCGGGAGGGCGACAAGCUGUCGGUGUUGGAGCAGCGCGGCCAUUACGUGCUGGCCAAGAAGCUGACUGGAUCUCUGGAGGCCGGGCUGCUUCCCGCCAGCUAUGUGGCGGUUCUGCAGGACGAGUUCGCCAAACACAAGUGGUACUACGGCAACAUCAUCCGCACCAAGGCGGAGAAGCUGCUGCUGGCCCCCCAAAACAAAGAUGGCUGCUUCUUGGUGCGCAUCAGUGAGAGUCACAGUGACGAGUACACCAUCUCAGCCCGUAGCGCGGGGAAGGUGAUCCACUUCCGCAUCCAGCGCUCGUCCAUCGGCGCCUACUUCGUGUCGGACAAGCUGUCCUUCGGCACGCUGGGCGAGCUGGUGUCGUACUACCAGAAGAACCCUCGCAGUCUGGGUGUGGUGCUGGAGGAGGCGUGCGCUCAGCAGAGGGAGUUGUACGACAUGGAGCCCUGGGAGAGGCCGCGUGAGGAGUUCAAGUUGCAGAAGAAGCUGGGAGAAGGCCACUUUGGAGAAGUGUGGGAGGCCAUGUGGACCACGGAGAAGAAGAAGGUGGCCAUCAAGAUGCUCAAGCAAGAGGACACCAGGCAGGAUGAGUUUGUGAAGGAAGUUCAGGCGUUGAAGAGCCUUCAUCACCCCAAACUCAUCCAGCUGCUGGCCAUGUGCUCGCGAGGAGAACCUGUCUACAUCGUCACCGAGCUCAUGAGCAAAGGAAGUCUCAAGUCCUACCUGGCCUCCGCCGAAGGCCAAGUGCUGACCUCGGCACACCUGAUCUACAUGGGCAGCCAGGUGGCGGAGGGCAUGGCCUACCUGGAGGACAGGAACAUCGUCCACAGAGACUUGGCGGCUCGCAACAUUCUGGUGGGAGACGACCUGGUCUGCAAGGUGGCCGACUUUGGACUGGCUCGUAUCAUUAAGGACAGCGUGUACACGGCGAGUCGCACCACCAAGAUCCCAGUGCGGUGGACGGCGCCCGAGGCGGCCAUUCGCCAUAAGUUCUCCGUCAAGUCGGACGUGUGGUCGUUUGGCGUGCUGCUCUACGAGAUGAUGUCACGCGGGAAGAUGCCCUACGAAGGCAAAAGCAACCAGCAGGUGCUGGACCUGCUGUCUUCUGGCGCCCGCCUGGCGUGUCCCAGCAGGUGUCCCCACAACAUCUACCGCAUCAUGAAGGACUGCUGGGAGGCGGAGCCUGCCAGGAGGCCCUCCUUCCACGCGCUGCACAGCCAGAUGGACUCCAUCUACACGCACAUUUAUUACAAGACGGUGGAGGUAUGAGGACAAGAUGUGUGGAAAAGACGCUCUGCCAAGAAACGACUUCCUUAUUUGACCUGAGGCAGGUGUGUCAAGCACUCCCUGUCUUAAUGUCAUGUGAUGACUCCGUGUCUCCACAAGGAGGCGCUAUGUGCAAUAAUAAGGUGCUGAUUGCUGCCAGCUGUUUAGCCACAUUAGCUUAGCUUGCCAUCAUUAAACACGUUGGCCACCAAUGCUGCGCUCUUAAAGGCCUCCAUUGUUGUUUUUUUUACAGAACCGUCAACCCUUUAGCACGUUGACCACCGGGCCUGCUAGUGUGGCUAAACGCUGUUAGCUUAGCACAAAGUAUUAUAUUUAAUCCUUCUUUUAUAAGGAAAAAAAAAAAACAAAUCAAACGUCUUCCAGCAGAGGACGCCAUGUUUACGCCGCGCUCGUCAAACUAAAGACACAAUUUACCGGGCACGGACCUGAGUGAUGACAAAAUAAUAAAGUCUUGUUUGUUUUUUACCUACUUCAAA